AUGUCCGCCCCGUCCUCGCCCCGUCGGGAGAGAAAACCCUCUGUCGGAGCUCCCAUCCCCCUGCAGGGUCCCGUGGGUCCCGGCUUCAGUCGUCCAAAGCACAAGCGCACCUACACUGGCUUCGGGCCCGCAGAGAUCAAGAGCGUCGAGGCUAGUAUCCCGGAGCCUCUUAGAGAAGCAUGGACGAAGCACUCUGCUAGUGGAUUCGCGAACAAGGAAGAAUUCGAGAGAGAGCUCGUCCGCCAUGUGGAAACUACAUUGGCCCGGUCGCUGUACAACUGCGAUGAACUGGCUGCGUAUUCAGGCACUGCUCUAGCCUUCAGAGAUCGUUUGAUCAUUGAGUGGAACAAAACCCAGCAGCGCCAAACUUUCGCUGAUCAGAAGAGAGUCUAUUAUCUUUCUCUGGAAUUCCUCAUGGGCAGAGCGCUGGAUAACGCAAUGCUCAAUGUUGGAAUGAAAGACGCGGCUCGGGAGGGAUUGAAGGAUCUCGGUUUCCGCGUCGAGGAUGUCAUCAAUCAAGAGCACGAUGCUGCUCUGGGUAACGGAGGUUUGGGCCGUCUGGCCGCGUGCUUUCUCGACAGUAUGGCGACAUUGAACUACCCUGCCUGGGGCUACGGGUUGCGGUACCGAUAUGGUAUCUUCAAGCAAGAGAUCGUGAACGGCUACCAGGUCGAAAUCCCAGAUUAUUGGCUCGAUUUCAAUCCUUGGGAAUUUCCUCGCCACGACAUCACCGUGGAGAUCCAGUUCUACGGCUGGGUGAAGACAUAUCAAGAUGACAAUGGAAAGACUGUCCACUCCUGGCAGGAUGGCGAAAUGGUUCAGGCUGUGGCCUAUGACGUUCCUAUCCCAGGCUACGGCACUAAGACGACUAAUAACCUGCGCUUGUGGUCGAGCAAGGCCGCCAGCGGGGAGUUUGAUUUCCAAAAGUUCAAUGCUGGUGACUACGAGAGUGCAGUCGCGGAUCAACAGCGUGCAGAGACCAUUUCUGCGGUGCUGUACCCGAACGAUAACCUCGAGCGAGGAAAAGAGCUUCGCCUGAAGCAGCAGUACUUCUGGUGCGCUGCUUCCCUCUUCGACAUUGUUCGUCGAUUCAAGAAAACCAAGCGAGCAUGGAGUGAAUUCCCGGAUCAAGUUGCCAUCCAGCUCAAUGACACGCACCCGACACUUGCUAUCGUUGAGCUUCAGCGCAUAUUGGUGGAUCAAGAGGGCCUUGAGUGGGACGAAGCCUGGAGGCUUGUGACCAAGACGUUCGGAUACACCAACCACACAGUCCUGCCGGAGGCAUUGGAGAAAUGGUCUGUCCCGCUGAUGCAGAACCUGUUGCCCAGACACCUCGAGAUCAUCUACGAUAUCAACCUGUUCUUCUUACAGUCUGUGGAAAAAAGAUUCCCCAACGAUCGAGCGAUGCUGUCCCGCGUGUCGAUCAUUGAAGAAUCGCAUCCUAAGAUGGUCAGAAUGGCCCAUAUCGCGAUCAUCGGAUCUCACAAGGUCAACGGUGUUGCUGAACUGCACUCCGAUUUGAUCAAGACUACCAUCUUCAAAGACUUUGUGGAGAUCUACGGUCCCGACAAAUUCACCAAUGUCACUAAUGGAAUCACCCCUCGACGUUGGUUGCACCAGGCCAACCCACGCCUCUCCGAUCUGAUCGCAUCGAAGCUUGGCGGAUACGAAUUCUUGAAGGACCUGACUCUUCUUGAUCAGCUGGAGGCGUAUGUCGACGACAAGGCAUUCCGUGCUGAGUGGUCAGAGAUCAAGACCGCCAACAAGCUUCGGCUGGCCAAACAUAUCAAAGACACCACGGGCUAUAGUGUGAAUCCGAAGGCCCUGUUCGACGUCCAAGUGAAGCGUAUCCACGAGUACAAGCGCCAGCAGCUCAACAUCUUCGGCGUCAUCCAUCGCUACCUAACUAUCAAGUCCAUGUCGAAGGAGGACAGAGAGAAGCUUGUGCCCAGAGUGUCCAUCUUCGGCGGCAAGGCUGCACCAGGUUACUGGAUGGCCAAGACCAUCAUCCACCUCAUUAACAAGGUCGCAGCAGUUGUCAACAACGACCCCGAUGUUGGCGAUCUCCUCAAGGUCAUCUUCAUCGAAGAUUACAAUGUCAGCAAGGCAGAGAUCAUUUGCCCUGCGUCGGACAUCAGCGAGCACAUCUCUACUGCAGGCACAGAGGCCAGCGGAACGAGCAACAUGAAGUUCGUUCUUAACGGCGGUCUGAUCAUCGGAACCUGCGAUGGAGCCAAUAUUGAGAUCACCCGAGAGAUCGGAGAGCAGAACAUCUUCCUCUUCGGCACGUUGGCCGAAGACGUCGAAGAGCUCCGCCAUCGUCAUUUCUACGGAGAAUUCCAACUCGACCCUCAUCUGUCCAAGGUCUUCGACGCAAUUCGCAGCGACACGUUCGGUGACGCCAGCAACUUCUCCGCGCUCAUCUCCUCGAUCACGGAGCACGGCGACUUUUACCUGGUCUCCGACGAUUUCAACUCCUACAUCACGACGCAGGAGAUCGUGGACGAGGCGUUCAAAAACCAGGACGAGUGGAUCGCCAAAUCCAUCACCAGCGUGGCGCGCAUGGGAUUCUUCUCUACGGAUCGGGUGAUCAGCGAGUACGCGGACAGCAUCUGGAACAUCGAGCCUCUGGACAUGAAGGAUUGA